AAAACCUAAACGUUCGAGUUUUGUCACUCUCUCACGGAGCCGCCUUUUGCCCGAGUCUCUGAGUCGCUGCUCGUCCUCUCAGUGGCGGACCGAAUCUUUCUGCUCCGGCGUAGCUCCUCAAGCUCGAGGUUCUUCGACGGCAGCUUCUCUUCUCUGCUUUCUCUCAACGGCCUUUGAUUGAGGUUGAUAUUGAAGUUCAGGAGCUUCACUAUUCAUCAAGUUAUGGCUCGUUUUGGAAGUAAAAAGAGAAAGGGGUUUGUGAAGCCCAUUGUGAAGAAGAAUCAGGCUACUGUGGAUCAUAUCACAGGGGAUAAGAUUCCGAAGAGCUUUGUUUUUGCUAGAGGUAAAUUGCCCGGUCCUCUCAGGCAACUUCAAAUGGAUUUGAGAAAGCUCAUGCUUCCCUAUACCGCUCUCAAACUUCGGGAGAAGAAACGGAAUAAUCUCAAGGACUUUUUAAAUGUUGCUGGGCCAAUGGGUGUUACACAUUUUCUCAUAUUGUCAAAAACUCCAUCUGCACCUUACUUAAGGGUUGCAAGAACCCCACAAGGCCCAACUCUUACAUUUAAGAUACAAGAAUACUCUUUGGCAGUUGAUGUUGCUAAAUCUCAAUUGCGGCCUAGAUGUCCUCAAGAUCUAUUCACUAAUCCUCCUUUGAUUGUUCUUUCUGGUUUUGGCACUGGAGAACAGCAUCUAAAACUUACAACUAUUAUGUUUCAAAACAUCUUUCCAGCUAUUGAUAUUAACACCGUCAAACUUGCUUCCUGCCAGAGAAUUGUGUUGCUCAAUUACAACAAAGACACUAAACUCGUUGACUUUCGGCAUUAUUCCAUUAGGUUGCAGCCUGUUGGUGUCUCCCGUAGAAUUAGAAAAUUUGUGCAGAACCAUCACGUCCCUGAUCUUAGAAAUCUUCAAGACGUUAGUGACUUUAUUACAAAGGCCAAUUAUGGAUCAGAUAGUGAAGGAGACGAUGAAGCAGCAACAGUAACUCUGGCUACUGAUCUUAGUAGGGUUAAUCGUGCUUCCACUAAAAGUGCCAUCAAGCUUCAAGAGAUUGGACCAAGAAUGACUCUUCAACUCAUGAAGAUCGAGGAAGGAUUGUGUUCUGGAGGAACUAUCUUCAGUGAAUAUGGAGAUGGUGAUGGCAAGAAAAAGCAAAAGGCCAAAAAAGAAGAAAGUGAAGAUGACGAUGAGGAGGCGGGUGAAGAAGAUGAGCAAGAAGAAGAAGAAGAAGAGAGCGAAGAAGAAUUUGCUGAUGUCGAGGAAGACUAAAGUCUUAGAUAUCAUAAUGGGGAGCAGUCAUUCUCCAUUCUUAUAAAGGGGCGAUACCAAAAUUUUUGAGUGUUGGCUAGACUCAAGAGGAGUUUAGGUAGAAAUGUAAAGCGACCAUCUACACAGACGGUAUCGCCCAUUACCCUGUAUUGUUUAAUGUUUUUUUGUUCAAGUUAAGGAAGCUCGAGUGUUUUUAUCCGGAAACUUUAUCCACUUCUGCUUUCAAUAAUUUUUGGGGGCAAACGGGCAAAUGGGGGAAAAGAUGAAAGAACAAAUAUAUGCCAUCUGACUUUAUGUAGGUGAUUCACACUGAACUUAUAAAAGAUUAUAACGAGACUUGUUGCAAA